GCCGGUGGGACGCUGUGUCCACUCCGACAGUUGCAUUCACUCUUCAGAGCAGAUAUUAUUUACUGGUUUGUGUUUGUGGCGCCAUCGUUUACGCGAAAAGCUUGGGCAAUGGCGGCUCUAAAAUACGCAGGUAUGGACGAUACAGAUAGUGAGGAUGAGUUACCUCCUGGGUGGGAAGAGAGAUCUACGAAAGAUGGAUGGGUCUACUAUGCAAACCACGAUGAAAUGAAGACACAAUGGGAGCACCCCAAGACAGGAAAGAAAAAGCGUUGUGCCGGAGAUUUACCGUAUGGUUGGGAGCAAGAAACCGAUGAGAAAGGGCAGAUAAUUUACGUUGAUCACAUUAACAAGCGGACCACAUAUUUUGACCCGCGCCAGGCAUUUACAGUAGAGGAUGUGGUGGUGAAGCCAAAGCGGUAUGAUGGAAACACUGCUGCUCUAGAGAUCUUGCAAGGUCGGGACCUCUCUGACAAGGUUGUCCUCAUUACUGGGGGCAACUCAGGCAUUGGCUUUGAGACAGCCAGGUCUUUUGCUCUCCAUGGUGCCCAUGUGAUCCUGGCGUGUCGAAAUCUGUCCCGGGCCAGCAAGGCCGUUAGCCUCAUACAGCAGGAGUGGCACAAAGCAAGAGUAGAGGCCAUGAUGUGCGACCUGGCCUCUCUCCGCAGUGUCAGGGAGUUUGCUGAGUCUUUCAAGGCCAAGAAACUACCCGUGCACAUUCUGGUGUGUAAUGCAGCAGUGUGCACUCAGCCCUGGAGCCUGACGGAGGACGGCCUGGAGUCCACCUUCCAGAUCUGCCAUCUAGGUCACUUCCUCCUUGUCCAGUGCCUACAGGAUGUGCUGCGUCGCUCGGCCCCAGCCCGUGUUGUGGUUGUGUCUUCAGAGUCUCACAGGUUCACAGACCUGUUAGACUCCUGUGGCAAGGUGGACUUAGCCCUGCUGUCUCCCCCGAAGAAGGAGUACUGGUCCAUGCUGGCUUACAAUCGGGCCAAACUCUGUAACAUCCUCUUCAGCAAUGAGCUCCACCGCCGCCUCUCACCUCAUGGCAUCACCUCCAACGCAGUGCAUCCUGGGAACAUGAUGUACACCUCGAUUCACCGGAGCUGGUGGCUGAUGACCUUUCUGUUCACGCUGGCCAGACCUUUCACCAAGUCUAUGCAACAAGGGGCGGCCACCACGAUGUACUGUGCCGUAGCCCCGGAGCUGGAGGGGCUAGGAGGCAUGUACUUCAACAACUGUUUCCGCUGCCUGCCGUCCAGCCAGGCCCAGGACCUGAGCAGUGCUGCCAGUCUGUGGGAGCUGAGCGAACGUCUGGUUGCAGAGAGGUCAGCAGGCAUUCAGGCCCUCUGA